AUGUGUUGGAAUCAGCCUCCAGAUUGGCGGCCAUGUCACUGUUUCUGUCCCGAGCUGGUUUGUAUUUAUGUAGUUAUACACUGAGUGUACACAUUAUUAGGAACACCUUCCUAAUAUUGAUUUGCACCCCCUUUUACCCUCAGAACAGCCGCAAUUCGUUGGGGCAUGUACUCAAUAAGGUGUCGAAAGCGUUCCACAGGGAUGCUGGCCCAUGUUGACAUAAAUGCUUCUCACAUUUGUGUCAAGUUGGCUGGAUGUCCUUUGGGUGGUGGACCAUUCUUGAUACACACGGGAAACUGUUGAGCGUGAAAAAUCCCAGCAGUGUUGCAGUUCUUGAUACACUCAAACCGGUGCGCCUGGCACCUACUACCAUACCCCGUUUAAAGGAACUUAAAUAUUUUGUCUUGCCCAUUCACCCUCUGAAUGGCACACAUACACAAUCCAUGUCUCAAUUGUCUCAAGGCUUAAAAAUCCUUCUUUAACCUGUCUCCUCCCCUUCAUCUACACUGAUUGAAAUGGAUUUAACAAGUGACAUCAAUAAGGGAUCAUAGCUUUCACCUGGAUUCACCUGGUCAGUCUAUGUCAUGGAAGGAGCAGGCAUUCCUAAUGUUUUGUACACUCAGUGUUUGAUAGCCUAGCACACCCCAAAUCAAAAUUGGUCAAAUCCAUAUGCCAUUUCGCUACAUGUAGAAAAGACCUGCAGGAAAUCUGAAUUGGAAAGAUUGGCAAUUUGUGUUAAACUAUCCCUUUUAAAUGUAAUGUUGAUGUGAUGUUGUGUCAUCUUUAUGCUCUAAAUGCUCUCCCCAGUAGGCUCCAAGGGCAGCGUUGUGAGUGUGGAGAUCAGAGAAGAUCACCACAGGAGAGCGGUGAACUGCUGGUAUUCCUCCUGGAGCCUACAGCGAGGAGAGGAGUGGCCCGACAACGUCCCGUUUCACACCGCCGACCUGUAGGAGGCAUUCUCGCUCUUCACUUGUAGUGUUUAUUGUGCAAUUCUGGUGACUUUGUUUGUUUUUAUAGAAUUACCAAGCUGGUUUUUAUUGUGCAGUACAAGGCAAAUCACCAGGGUCAGUUUCAUGCAAAUUCUCUAUUUAGUAAAAAAAAAAGCUUUUUAGUUCAGUACUAUAAUCUGGGUCUGGGAAACCAUCCUUUAGUGACCACAGAGUCACUUGAAAGACCAGCUUUCAGAACCUUUAACUGUGUGUUUGUGUGUUUCAGACUGCCCCCAUUUGGUUUUGCCCACUGUGACACCACAUAUCCAUCCCGGAGCAGUGUGUGCUGUCUACCUAGCCAAGUGAGUAACCUCAACCCAUCCAAAAACAACCCCUAGCCCCUACCCAAAUAAACACUUGUGGAGAUCUGAGAGAAUUUGAUAGUAGGUGAUAUGGUAAAAGCUUCACCUUGCCCUCUGAUAGGCUAGGUGGUCUUUUUUGCCAUAUUGCUUACACCUGUCCAAUCCAGUCAGAUCUCCACAGGUGUCUAAGCGGUUAGAGUUUUUUUUUCUUCUGAACAGGGCCCUCAUUUCCUCAUUACUUUGCAUUCAAGUGUGUUUUCCCUUUUUUGAGGUACUUUACAUAUCUCCUUCACUCUCUCUACUGUGUGAUUCAGUAUAACGCAGGUCAUCGAUCUAGUAGAGGGCCUUAGAUGCGCUGUCCUCCCCCUGCUGUGUGAACGCUUCAUCAAGGUGUAGCUCAGGGAUUGUCUAUUGGCCCCGUAAGUCCAGAAAGAUGGGCGGUUCUGCCGCAGGAAAGCUCCUAUCGCAGCGAGAACCCAGGAGAAAGGGGAGAAUGACAAAUCAGAUGAUGAAGAAAAAGGUGAUUUCUUACUCAAAACAGCUGGUCUCAUGGGGAUGCUUGGGUUACCUUGGGUGUCAUAAUGUCUAUCUAAACUAAAGGCAAUUAUAUUAUCCUGCUGCCGUUGCAUUAAAUGGCUCCCCCUAUACAUAAAUGCAUUAUAUGGACCUAUAUGUGACGAGUACUGAGGAUACGAAGAGGCAGGACACAGACGGAGGAAUCAACAAGGUAAAGGUUUACUUAACAAUGAGAAAGAGAAUAACAACGCACAAGUAAACGACACAACGCUAACAAUUACACACAACAAUGACGGAACAGUCCAGGGUUAUAUAGUGGUGGUGAUGAGAUGAUGAGAUGAUGAGGUGCAGGUGCGCUGGAGGUGAUUAGGGUGCGUUGGGUUUCCAUUCCUGUGUUACCGAGGUGGUGCGCUCAGACCGGUAGCUCAGUAGACCGGCGAAUCAGAGCGCCGGAGGGGAGCAACUUGAGGUGACGUGACACUAUACAUAAUUUUGACUGUCUGUCACGUAAUCUUUUGACAUGGAGAAGAUCUUAAUUGCAUACUCCUCCCAUCCCCUCUCCUUGUCUCCUUCUCAAAACCCAUAGGAUGAGAAAGCCAGAGGUCCCGCCCCUUUGACCUUUUCAUCCAAUGGGUUUUGAGAAGGACACGAGGAGAGAGGACGUGAGGACGUGAGGAGUAUGCAAUUGAGAACGUCCCAUGGCAUGAGAUCAAACUGCCAUUUUCUAAAGAAAAGUAAUGUGCUUGGUCAAGAACACACUGUAAUAUUGUAUGUUGACACACUUUUUAUAAUUUUUCCAGAAUACAUGAGCAGUCCGGAACCCGCACCGUUUGGGAGUGUCCCUUACAUUGCUCAACCUCACCCGGAGAAAGCUAGCCACACA